GGGCGGAUAGCAAAUCACAAAGUUCAGCACCACAGUUGGCCUCAUCUCUCUCUCUGGCUCUGUAUUUUUUUCUCAUCUUUUUUUUUGUACUUUAUUUUUAAUUUGACUCCUGGCUUCUGACAAUCCCUGUUCGUCGUCGUUUAUUCUUCUGUUGGAAGCUCCUAAUUUUUCCAGAUAUCGACAAAGCAACCGACGUAAUGGCAACCGAGGAAGAUAUUGGCGUGCCAGAUCUGAAGUCACAGUUGACCAACACACAGACCCAUUGGAAGCAGGAGAUAGGAAGAAGCCAGUCUCAAGUGGAUGCAUUGCAAGAGAAUCUUACGGAGGUAAAGGAUUGUAUACAAGGCUCUGAAGUAGAUGCUAAGAAGGAGCUGAAAGUUCUCUGGCAUAGAGUCAAAACGUCUGCAACAUUGUUGACAUACUUGAAAUCGAAAGCAAGAAUCAUGGCGAUUCCUCAUUUGGCUCAUACCUCUUGUGGUAUCAAACAAUUGGAGGGUGUGGGUCUAGUUGAUAAAAAUGGUGUGCCAUUGUCUGGAUGGUCAAGGAAUGUAGAUACUUCUUUUUUCGAGCAUGCAGAUGAGGAAACAUGGACAGCGCUUAGCAGUCAGGACGGUGCUCUUGAUGAACAAGAUGGAGUUUAUAUUAGCGAAGUACUCAAAAGUGUACAAAUGGUUACAGAUGUAAUGGAAACUCUUGUGAAGAGAGCUAUAAUGGCGGAAUCUGAAACAGUUACGGAGAAGGAAAAGGUAACAGUAGGAAAAGAGGAAAUAAAAAAGAAGGCAUUUCAAAUCGAUAAUAUGUCACUAAAAUUAGAGGAGAUGGAGCAGUUUGCAAUGGGUACAAAUACUAUUUUGAACGAGAUGAGACAGAGGGUAGAAGAUCUGGUUGAAGAAACUUCUAGACAAAGGCAAAGAGCUGCAGAGAACGAGCAGGAGCUUUGCCGUGUUAAGCAAGAAUUUGAAUCCCUGAAAUCUUAUGUCAGUACACUAAUUAGUGCAAGGGAAACACUUCUUUCAUCAGAGAAGCAAUUUCAGGCGAUUGAAAAGCACUUUGAACGGCUUGUGGCCAAAACAUCGCAAUUGGAAAGUGAGAAGAUGCAGAAGGAAGUCGAAGUCCAGAAACUCAUGGAAGAUAAUGUGAGACUGAGUGCUCUACUGGACAAGAAAGAGGCCCAACUCGUGGCCAUGAACGAGCAGUGCAAGCUCAUGGCACUGAACGCUUCCAAUAUAUAAUUUUGAAAUCCUCAACUCAUUUGAUAGAGCUGCCAUCCUUGAACAACCCUAAUCACGCUUUGUAGCUGUCUCCUGCAUACCCACGAAAGUCUAUUGAUCGAACUUGAUGUUCAUUUUUCAUUUUCAAGUUGCCAUAGGACGGAACUUGUACUUCAUCUUCAUGUAUUUUCUUAUUUGAGAGAUGUAUAACCUAUACUGUUGGAGAGUGGAGACCUUUUCCAUUCUACCCAGUUCAGUUUGUGAUUAUCCUGCUGUCUAGUUA